GGUGCUUUUGCAGCGCGAGGACCUUUUAUACACUACGAAUACUCUCUGGCCUAGUGAUAUAAUGCUAUGAAACUCACGAAUCAAUGCGCACCUCAUGUCGGUUAUGGACCAAUCGACGUCAUCCAAGACCGCGCCCUUCACGGCAGGUGCCCUCUUCAUCUUCUAGGUGAAGGGCCACAUAUCGCUUCCACCACUUUCUACACCUUUCUAUAUCUGCCUGGUCAUUGUUUACUCAUGGGGGCUCCUUUUCACCGUUGUCGACGCCGGAAGUAUUCGCUCGUCGCUGCGGCAAUACAAGAUUAGACUACAACACCAACACCAACGUCUCCUCAACCCGAGUCAGUAUUCCGUCAAACUAUUACAGGCUGGGCUGGGGAGAUCAAUUGGUUUCAGAACGCUGCUUAGGACAGCGUGUCCGUCACGUCGCGCUUCCCUCCCCUGUAACCAUCGUCAACCGUGUUUCUUUUUUGGCGAUGUCUAUGUUUCGCAGGCCAGGCGAGGAUUCGUCUUCAUCUUCCGAGACAUCCAGCGACAAUUCCGAUGACUACCAAGCAAGCGCGUCGCAUCAAGAUAGUGUUCUCUCCCGAAUCAAUACCUUAGAUUCCGCUAGUUCUGGACCGCCUGUUAGUAGACCCAAUCCGCCUCACCUUCAACCACGGCAAAAUUCAGCUCAGAAUGUUCGCGAUUUGCUUCUUCACUCGUUGUUGGAGGACAAGGCUAUGGCGCAAGCUGCAGAACAAUUGGGUAAAGAUCGAUCCGACCCGGAUGUUCAACGACUUGGUCGAGAAACGUAUCAAGAGGUUGCACGCCAAAUUUCCAACAAUGUCGACGACACAUACGCAAACGAUGAUAUGCGCGGUCAUCGAGCGACGGCGCAAGAAGGUAUCAACAGACUCACACGCAACAAUCUCAGCAGACUCGCCGCAAUCCCUGAAGGAUCCCAAGCUCUAGUUGCGCGACCUCCGAACAGUAUGACCGUGGAAAUACCAGAGCCUCCGCCCCCUAAGUUCGAUACCGUAUCAGGACUUUCUAUUCCCGCACAUCUUCAUCUUCCCGAGUUCCCAGGUCUAGCGGCGGAUCGCUAUGUUCGAGACUUUACUGAGCUAGAGCUUGUUGGUAAGGGUGGUUACGGAAGGGUCUUCAAAGUAAAACACAACCUCGAUGGAUCUUUCUAUGCCGUUAAACGGAUUGCAGUAAGCCCCGCCAAGCUAGCCAGAAUUCAAGAGCAUGGAUCAAGCGAGUUGACGAGCAUGCUGGAGGAGGUUCGCUCGCUUGCCCGCUUUGAGCAUGGCAAUAUCGUUCGCUACCAUAAUGCGUGGUUGGAGUUUACAAUGGCACCCACAGAAAUCCCACAUUUGCCCGCGAGCAAUAUGCUACGAACUGACCGACUGCUAGAAGAUCCAGCUACAUUCUCGUCCGCUUCGGCAAAUGUAGAUGAUUUGCAGAUGAAUUUCAACGAUCUGACCUUCAAUGAGGCAUUCGGAGGUGGCAACAGCGCCGACAUUAUUUUCGAGACCAGUGACACUGGUGGUGGUGGUGUAGAAGAGCAAGUAAAUGAGGAGCUUGAUCUUGCUAUGAACGAUCGACUGAGACCUAAGAAGCGCGGGAACCGACGAGGCAGUCAUGCCAGCCAAGCGACUAUUGCAACAAUAUCAUCAUCAUCGAGGUCUCGUAUGAGUGCGGUUGAGGACGCAGACGAAGAGGAUGGGGAUGUCGAAAUGAUUCCCAGGACGCACAUGACAUACUCGGAUUCUGACGUCUCGGAGAGCAUGGUGUCCGACAGCGAUAUACCCGGCCCGUUGAUGUCUGCUCCCACCUCUGGACCAGUUCUCACGCUCAACGUGCAAAUGAGUCUUUACGACACCAACCUUGCGUCUUUCCUCUCUUCCGAGUGGUCUUCAUUCAAUGCCGAGCAAACGUUCCACCACUGCUUCCACCCUUGCGUCUCGUUAGAACUAUUGAGCAACGUCAUAUCCGGAGUCGAGUAUCUACACGCGCAAGGUGUCGUACAUCGUGACCUCAAGCCCGCCAAUAUCUUCUUGUCGCUGUCGACUGCCCGACGUCCGCCCUAUGGCUCAGUCGACCUCUCAAGCUGCAAACCCUGUUCGCAGCGCGACUGCAUACAUGUGACUCCGCGCAUCGGCGACUUUGGCCUCGUGGCUGUUCUAGGCGAAAGCUGUUUGGGAGCAGAAACGUCAACCAAGCCCGUCGGCACCGAGUUCUACCGUCCUGAUACCAGUAGUGGUAUUAGUGAGAAACUCGACGUGUUCGCACUGGGUGUUGUGGGGUUUGAGAUGCUGUGGCGAUUCGGCACCAGGAUGGAACGUGUGGAUGCGUUGGGCCAACUUCGACGGGGACAGUUUCCAGACGAUUUCUCACAGCGCUUUGGAGAGUUGGGGGAUAAGGUGCAGCAGCUGAUUGGAGAUAUGGUGCAUGUGAAUGAGCGGGAACGGUUGAGUUGUGAAGAGGCGAGGAGCGAGAUCGCAAAGCUGGUGCAUGUAUUGAAGGAGUAGAUGGAGAUGUGGUCGGCACUGCAUGGUUCAGGAAGUUUGAAGAUACCCUUUGACUAGCCUUGCAUAGCAUGUAUGAUAUUGUAAUACUACUUUCUGGACUGGCCGC